GGCUGACGGGCGUUGCCGUGGAAACGCGCCGCUGUUUGCCACCAAGAACGGGGCCUGGUACGAGCGGGGCCGCUGGAUGGAGCCAGUGGGAGACUCAAAGAUCUGUGACUCCCUUCAGCUGCCGUUAAAGAUCAUAUCAGAGUGACUGGCCUAUUUACCAGUGGGAGCUUUAGAGCUGCCAGUCCUUUGGAACCGAUGGAGCAUCUUCUGCAGGGGUCCUGAAAAGCAAUGGCUGCUGCGUCACCUCUGAACAGAGCACCCCCUGAACGGCAGACCUCCUCUGGCAUCACAGAGCCUCCCCUCUGGCAGGCGUCCUCCGUCGCCAUGCACGUCACCCGGCCGAAAUCUGCAAAGGGGCGCACUCGGUCAAGCUUGAAUUACUCCCAUAGCAUGGAGGCCUAUUCCUGCCGAGCCCCCUCGUCCCCGCAGCCGCUGGUUCCCUGCGACGAGCCAGGGAGCGGCCGGAGGGCGGCCUCCUCCCAGCAGCUGUGCCAACCUGUCCAGGUGCCUCCGGCCGAAAUCCCCGACCUCCUCCAGCAGGUGCCCGCCCGGACCUCCUCCUCCUUGAACAAGUACCGGGUGCUCCCGUCCAUCAGCAGAAAGGAGCUGAGGAGAGGCGCGGUGGAGGUGAUGUCCGAGCAGGCGAGCCAGCUCCGAGUGAGCACCCGGCCGAAGGAGGAAAAGCAGGGCAUCCAAGCGCGCCCCCCAGAGAGGCUGCCCAUCUCUGCCGUGGCAAGACACAACAGGGGUGGCGGCGAACACGUCAAAAUGUCGCCCCCUCCCUUGGAAGCAAAGCCAUUAGGUAAAAUGAAGGAAGGAAGCACCUGGCCAGCUCCGGCUCCAGAAGAGCCCUCCGAGAGGGAGCCCAGGUUGCUCUUGGCCGUCAGGUCUCCUUCGGGUCAGCGGUUUGAACACCACUUCCGGCCGACCGACAGCCUCGAGACCGUCCUCGCGGUGGCAGAGCGGGAAAACUCCACCGCGUACCAGCGCUGUAGUAUCGAAACCAUGGAAGUGCCUCGGCGGACCUUCUCGGACCUCACCAAGUCCUUGCAAGAGUGCGCGAUCCUCCACAAGUCGGUGCUGUGUAUCUUGCAGGAGGAGUCCGAAGGAGAGCUUUAAGCAGCCAGGGGCUGCUCUCUGUAUUAAAAUGCCAUUGGGGGCCACGGAUCUCCGCCUGAUGUCCACUUC